AUGGGGACAUUAUGUUCCAAGCCCGACAUUGAGCCCCCUCGACCUGUCAGACUGGCACCCGAAGCUAGGCGCGGCGCAUCUCAACCUACGGCCGGCCCAGGGGCUCGCUCACAGCCUUCGCCUGCCUCACCGCCUGCAGGAAGCACUACACGAUCAAAGCCAGCAGCCAACAGUCUGUCGACGCGACCAUCGGAUACACAGCCUGCAGAUCCUCGACGAGCAGCCGCCGAAGCGGCCGAGCGAAGGCUCGCGGCGGAGAAGGCCCGAGGUGUCGUCAGCUCGAACCCCAAUAGCGGGGCGCUUGCUGCCAAGGUUGAGGCCAACAAGAAGGCAGCGAGAGUUCCCGAAGCGAGGCAGGAGGAAAGACUCGUGUGGGAUUGA